AUGGCUCUCGCGGCCCUUCCACAGCCUCUUGUCCGUGUGCUUUUUGUCGGCGCAGGCAACAUCACUUUCGGCAACGACAACGUGCUAUGGAACCAUUCUCUCCGCAUCGAGAAAUUGCUACGCACGCGCCUCGAAGUCAUCGCAGUCAUUGACCCCUCCGUCGAGCGCGUGAGCCAAGUGCUUCUCCAGAAACGAGCCGCUGCCGCAGCGCCCUGCUAUGCCACCACCAAGCACUUUCUCACCGUGCAGGAGGCGAAGGAGCAUUUGACCCACGGCAUGCUCGCCCACCCGGAUCUCAUCGUCCUCGCGACUCCGCCUCACUAUCGCGGAACGAUGCACCUCGGGCGGGACCUCGAAGCACAAAUCAUCGAGACUUUUGGCUCGGCGCCUCGCCUCUUCUGCGAGAAGCCGCUCUCGACCGCUCGGCCGGCUGAAGUCUGGCCCGUCGCGACAUUCCUCCGGGACGCGGGCAACAUCGUCUCAGUGGGCUACAUGCUUCGGUACCUGAAAGUGGUGCAGCACGCAAUGGCAGUCCUACGGGAAAACAACGUCGCCGUCAUGGCCGUGACCGCGCGCUAUACCAUGGCAUAUUCAAAGGUGAGGAAGCUGGACUGGUGGAACAAAGCCAAACAGUGUGGCCCCAUUGUCGAGCAGGCAACCCACUUCUGCGAUCUCUGCCGAUACCUCGGUGGGGAGGUGGAUCUCGACUCGGUGAGAGCGUGUGCGCUGGAGCACGAUGAGCCCGCGGGGACGCUGUCGAGCAUGGCAGUGGAUGACUCGCAGAUCCCGAGGGACGACCGCAUCCCGCGCGCGACGGCGGCAUUCUGGAAAUAUCGAACCGGCGCUGUGGGCUCCCUCGUCCACACAGUCACGCUUCACGGGAUCAACUACUCGAACGAGAUCGUCAUUGGUGGAGACGGAUUCCAGAUCCGUCUUGUUGAUCUCUACGGCAGCAGUCCGACGCUCUAUGUGCGAACGCCGGCGUCCGAGCACGAAGACUCCUUCUCCUAUGCAAACGACGACCCUUUCUACACGGAAUUCGCGGCUCUUCUGGAGCCCCACGGCGUGUUCCCUUCACAACGAAAUGCGUCCAAUCCAGAGGGAACCCACGACCGAGAAAGCUUGUCCUCGUGCCCGCCUGCGGGGAUCCUGUCCUCUUAUGAAGACGCGUGCAAGACACAUGAGUUCACGUGGCGCAUCCGGGACGAGAGCGAAAAGUCCAGCGCACAAUGA